UCCUGACGGAGAACUGAACACAAGACACACAGCCAUGGCUCCUACAAUCACUGGAUCGAUCAUCAGCAGAGAACAGCUUCCUCUCACAAACAAGCUGAGAAAGCCAAUAGUGGAGAAGAUCCGCAGAGAACGAAUCAACAGCAGCAUCGAGAAGCUCAAGUCUCUUCUGGGUCAAGAGUUCCUGAAGCAACAGCCCGACUCCAGACAGGAGAAAGCUGAUAUCCUGGAGAUGACGCUGGAUUUCUUGAGACGCCAGCAGCGCUCCCAGAGUCCCUCGGCGUGCGGCUCUCCUGCAGCUCGUGACGGACGCUCCAGAUGUGUGCAGGAGGCCGUCAGCUUCCUGUCUCAGUGUCCAGUGCAGACGGAGUCCCACAGAAGACUGCUGAAGCACUUCCUGCACACGCAGCCCUGCACAGAGAACAAGACACGAGUGCCUCAGAUCAGUCCAGCGGCCGCUCAGAGCAGCGGCAAAGAGCAGACUCUGGCGCUCUGGAGACCCUGGUAGAAGCAGUUCUAUGUGAAUGUGAACUACCACGAUUUACUCUGUUUUUAGAGAACAUGUUAUUCGAUAUCUACUCUUUUAUGAGAGAGCAAUUGACUGUAUUCCUAUAUUUGGAUCAGAUUGUAUUUUUGCCAUUGGCAAAUUAUGCUUCAAGCUAAUUGAAUCUGCUAUGUUAGCAAUUAUAUAUCUCAUACUGAGAUGCAAUAUUGAUAUUCUAUGAACAUGAUUCCUGAUUCUAAAUAGAUCCAAUGGAUCUUGUGAUUUUUUUAAACCUCUUGUUCUAUUUUGAAUAUUUAAGUGUUGGUGUUGUAGAUUUUAUAUAAUCAACUAUAUGACCAACAAAUUCUUUUAUAAAGGUUAUUUAAGUAACUGUGUUUUAAACAAGUGACUGAUGUGUCUAACAAUCAAGCAAACUGGUGGAAAAACAAUGUUAAGCACAAAAUGAAGAUGCUGGAUAUCAUCUGCAAAUGUUUUAUUAAAGAAAUGUCUAUUUUACAUCUGA